CCCUCCGACCCCGCGCUGCCCUGCGAGGCCGCCGCCGGGCGCCUCACCGUUAUGCUGCAGUGGAGCGUGAGCCGCGGCUGCGGCUCCUGGUUCUUGUGGAAGCACCGACCAUGUGCCGAGAGCUAACUGUGUCAAGAAGAGCAUGCUUCGGUUGGCUGGAGUGAGCAAUUCAACUUGUGGAGGAGUGAGAAAUGACAGCAAGGCCGAGGAGAAUGGCUCCCACAGCUUCAUGCACUCCAUGGACCCACAGCUGGAGCGGCAAAUGGAAACCACCCAGAACCUGGUGGACUCCUACAUGGCCAUUGUCAACAAGACCGUGUGGUACCUCAUGGUUGGUGCGAAGCCCAAGACCAUCAUGCAUAUCAUGAUCUACAACGUGCAUGCACCGCCUCAUGGGGACCAAGGAUUUCAUCUUCUCGGAGCUGCUGGCCAACCUGCACUCGCGUGGGAACCAGAAGACACUCGUGGAGGAGUCGGCAGAGCAGGCACAGCGGCGCGAAGAGAUGCUGCUUCUCAGAGCUGCUGUCCAACCUGUACUCGCGUGGGAACGAGAAGACACUCCUGGAGGAGUCGUCAGAGCAGGCAGACCAAGGAGUUCAUCUUCUCAGAGCUGCUGUCCAACCUGCACUCGCGUGGGAACGAGCAGACACUCCUGGAGGAGUCGGCAGAGCAGGCCGACCAAGGAGUUCAUCUUCUCAGAGCUGCUGUCCAACCUGUACUCGCGUGGGAACAAGAAGACACUCCUGGAGGAGUCGGCAGAGCAGGCACAGCGGCGCGACGAGAUGCUGGGCAUGCACCACGUGCUGAAAGAGGCUCUCAGCAUCAUCGGCGACAUCAACACGAACACCGUCAGCACAGCUACGUGGGCCCAUGGACGACGCCUAGCUGCAGCAGCCAAGCCCAGCAAAAGAAUGGCAUACAGGAGUUGCUGCACAAGCCUGGGUGCUCCACGCUGUCAGUGAGGCUCACCUCACAAAGAUCUUUGGAGAGAAGGAGGUGGGGAUCUGAGUGCAGUUCAAGCCGCCCCUGCCCCUGCCUGCCUACCCUGCCUGAGGACUCUACUCACCACCAUGCUUGUCAGCACCCACAAGCUCCUGGGGGGCUGGGGCUCCUGGACCGGGCUCAUCAGCAGGGUUCAGGGCAGUGGUCAGGAAUUUGCCGUGCCCCUCCUUGUAGCCACCACAAGCCGCAACAUCAUCUCCAGCAGCUCCAGCAGCUUCACCUGGAGGGAGGGGUGCUCAGCUGUUACGGACCUACCGGCGCCCACCCUCACGCCCACCCCCACCCCUGCAGAGAUGUUGCACACCCUACCUUCAUCUCCUCCGUGUCCUGGACCAGCCUGAUGAUGUCCUCCUCCCGUUGCUGCAUCUUUGGCACUGCCCCCUGGCUGUGUUCUAGGGUGAUGAACUUUCCUGCAGGAGGACAGGGCUCAGACGCUGAGGUCCCUCCGACGGCCCUGCAGCUCCCCCUGCCGUGCCCUGGCCUCCCACUAACUGAUGACUUCUGUCUUUCCAGUACUGGAUGA